AUGGAUUUCGAAGAAGAGAGUUUGAGUGCUGCAUUUGCUCAAAGCAUUUCAGGUGGUCUUAGCACAAGUGUUGCUGUAUUUUGUCAUGAACUACCACAUGAGUUAGGUGAUUUUGCUGUACUUUUAAAAACUGGUAUGGGUAUUAAAGAAGCUAUGUUUUUCAAUAUCAUCUCAUCAAUUCUUUGUUUAUUAGGCAUGUUAGUCGGUAUAGGUGUGGGUAAUAUAGAAUCAGCAAGUUAUUGGAUAUUUGCCAUUACUGCUGGAACAUUUAUCUAUAUUGCAUUAGUUGAUAUGCUACCUGAAUUGAAUUCCGUUGAAUUGAGACCAGGUCAAACACGAAUUGGUCAGUUGGCUAUACAAACAGCUGGUUUAACCACUGGAAUCGGGAUUAUGCUGGUUAUUGCAUUAUUCGAAGAUUCAAUUCGUGUGAUAAUUGAUUAA